GGUCGCAGGUUUAUUACGUCACCGCGCUGGCGAUGACGUUUUCAGAGAGCGGCACCGUUUCAGACUGGAAUGGAAGCUGGCGAUUUUCCCCAUAUUUUGAUAGUUUAAUCCGUGAAUGGCGCCUAAACAGGACCCGAAGCCUAAAUUUCAAGAAGGUGAAAGAGUGCUGUGUUUUCAUGGGCCAUUGCUUUACGAAGCAAAGUGUGUAAAAAUAAACAUCAAGGAUAAACAAAUAAAAUACUUUAUUCAUUACAGUGGGUGGAAUAAGAACUGGGACGAAUGGGUUCCUGAAAGCAGAGUCCUAAAGUAUGUGGACAGCAACCUGCAAAAACAAAAAGAGCUUCAGAGGGCAAAUCAAGACCAUUAUGUAGAAGGAAGAAUGAGGGGAGCUGCACCGAAUAAGAAGAUUCCUCCGCCGCCGCAGAAAAAUGAUGUGAAAAACAAGAAGAACAAACAGAAGACUCCUGGACCAGGAGAAGGAACAAGUUCAGGGGGAGACCUGACACAUCCUCCACGGAAGAAGAGAGCACGUGUCGACCCAACAGUCGAAAGUGAGGAGACCUUCAUCAAUCGAGUGGAGGUGAAAGUAAAAAUCCCAGAAGAGCUGAAACCUUGGCUCGUAGACGACUGGGACCUGAUCACGCGUCAAAAACAGCUUUUCCACCUGCCUGCCAAAAAGAAUGUUGACGCAGUUCUUGAAGAUUAUGCAAACUACAAGAAAUCAAGAGGAAACUCCGACAGCAAAGAGUUUGCAGUAAACGAAGUUGUGGCUGGUAUCCGCGAGUACUUCAACGUGAUGCUGGGGACACAGCUGCUUUACAAAUUUGAGCGGCCGCAGUACGCAGACAUCCUGGCCAACCACCCAGAUACGUCCAUGUCACAGAUCUACGGAGCUCCUCAUCUACUCAGACUCUUUGUGAGAAUCGGAGCCAUGUUGGCUUACACUCCGCUGGAUGAGAAAAGCCUGGCCCUCCUGCUCAGUUAUCUACAAGACUUCCUCAAGUAUCUUGUCAAGAACUCUGCGUCGUUAUUUAAUGCGAGCGACUACGAAGUUGCCCCGCCUGAAUAUCACCGCAAGGCAGUUUAAGGUUUUGUAUAAAAGGACGCUGAGACAUUGGGAGACAAAAUUCUCGCCUGUGGAGAGGAUGAGUUGAAAACCAGAUGGAACGUGGAUUGUGUGAGAUCUGUCAUUUUAUUAAGAAAGGAUCAGAGUAAGAUGUCGCACUAAUCCCUGGACAAAUUUAAUUUCCUUUCAUGUGGAAAGCUGCUGAGUAUACUCCUUCUCUGCUGGUAUGUUUUUCAGUACCGCAUUUUAGUUUCUAUGACACAUUUGGGUUGUUUGUUUUUUUUCUCGUUAUUUUCCAAGGUUUCUUUCGUUUGUGUCCUGGCAGAUGGUGAUGACACUGUCUCGUUGGCUCUCAUCAUUUUCUAAUAAAAGCCCUUUACUCUG